AUGUUUGCUUUACGUUUUGCAAGUGUUUUUCGUCGUACACCACUUUUUCUCAUUCGUUCAACAUCCCUCGGUACAAGUAAUCCUACUCAACAAAUUCGUCCACCACAAACAACUCGUCUUGAUCUUGAUCAAUUACUUGAAAGACUUGAUGGUGAAGCCCAUCGUCGUGGUCGAUUAAAUCCUGGUCUUGUACGUGGUGCAAUGCGUAAAGCAGCUGUAGAACUUGAUGCAAUCAAUUCUACACAAGCUCUUCUACUUAUUCGAUGUACUGGUUCAUUACUUAUUAGUGAAUUACCACAUCAAAGACAACAAGUACUUGAUCAUAUGAUAAAUAUAUUUAAACAAAAACAUGUUACAUUUGAUGUAACACAUUAUAAUUCAUAUAUGCGUGUAUCAUUACAAAAUAAUCAUUUAUUUGAUCCAAUGAAAAUAUUAGAAGAAAUGAAAAAACUGAAUAUUGCACCAAAUUUAACAUCAUUUCGUUUAUUAAGUGAGUGUUAUGCACGACAAGGUCGAUCGGAUGAUAUACAACAAAUAUUAAAUGAAAUGAAAAUAGCUAAUUUAAAUAUUGAACCAUUAAUAUUAACACAUUUAUUAAGUUCCUAUGCACAAAAAGGCAAUGUAGAACGUGUAGAAAGUUUAUUUAAUCUUUUUCAUGAAUUAGAAUUAAAACCAAUAUCCGAAACAUAUGAACAAUUUAUAAUUAGUUAUUUAAAACAUGGAAAAAUUGAUCAAGCAAAGAAAUAUUUUAUAGAAAAUGUAUCAAAAAUGGAUAAUGAAUCAUUAUUUCGUUUAAUUGUUAAAUGUGCCGAAUGUCAACAAAAAGAUUUAUUUCAACUUGUAAUCAAUUCACUCGAUCAAAAUAGUCUUGCUGAUAUAUGUGUUCAAUAUAUUCUUUGUGCAACACAAUUACUAGAUGCUAAACUCGAUGAUUAUGCUUUUCUACUAGUCGAUUCAUUUCCAAAACGUGAUGAAACUCUUCGUUUUGAUGUUAUUAAUUUAACUAUGUUAAAUCUAUUAAAAAUUCGUUUACCAACACAUCAUUUUCGUCCAUUUUCAGCUUUAACACUUGAUGAUAUUAAUAAUAAUCUUGAAUCUUCGAUUAAUUAUCAAUGUGAGGCAGAAUCUGUUACUGAUGAACAAUUAAAACAUUUUCAUCAAUAUGUACUUAAACGAGCUGAAAAUUUUACUGAAAAGAAAGAUCGUUGGCUUGCAAUUCAUCAAUUACUUUAUCAAUCAUAUCAAAAUUAUAUUCCAUUACCAUAUAUCUAUGCAAUUUAUGAUACAAUGCGUCAACAAGAAUUUGAAUAUCGUCAACAUUAUAUGCGUCCAAUUUUAGUUAAAUUUCGUCGUAUAUUUAUAAAUAAUCCACAAGAAAUUGUCAAUCAAACACGUGAACUUCUUGAUUAUUUACAAAAAAAUUUUUCAAUUAAUUAUGAUAGUGAAAUAAUUGAUUUUUUAGUUGAAUUUUUCUUUGAUCAAUGUUAUUUAAAACCAGUAGAUAUUGAUUUAUUAUUUAAAAAAGUAAAUAUACGUUUUAAUAAUUAUUGGUUUAAUCUUUAUUCAUUAACAUUAAAACGAAUUAAUAUGGAUUUAUUAAAUUCUUUAAAAGUAUUUCUUAAUAUGAAUAAAAAUGUACGCUUUGAAUAUACACCAAUUAUACGUGAACAAACAAUGCAAGCUAUGCAAUCAUUAAUUAAUCAAUUAUAUAUUGAUUAUGAAAAAAAAGAUUAUAAUGAAAUAUUUAAUCAUUUAAAAAAUAUUAUUGAUUUCAUUGAUAUUGUUAAUAAACGCUUUGUUAAAAAUCAAAAUGAUAUUAUUUCAUUAAAUGAUUGUAUUCUAAUUUGUAUUGUUAAUUGGUUUUUAGAAAAAGAACAUAAACAAAGUGUUGAUUUAUUAAAAAAAAUUUUAAAAAUAUUUGAACAACGCUCGCAAACAAUACCAUUAACAAAUGAAGUUAGAGAAAAAAUUUAUAAACAAUUAGGUAAUAUAAAACAUCGUUUGAAAAAAAAAAAUUAUUCAAAUCUUAUUCAUAUUGACAAAGAUUUAUUGAAAAUUUCAUUCAUUAUCAAAGCUAAAUCUUUGAAAUAG